AUGUCAAACGCAGAUGAGAGACAGAUGUUGGCGUGGCUUCUGCAGGCCAAGGAUUCGCUCCCUUUUUCAUUGCCCGCAUCUCCAUGUGACGUGCCAGCUUCGAUCUCGCGUUCUCAUGUCCACGUAGCGCUGGACAGCCGGAACAUUGCCAAGUGUGGCUUCAGUCUGGAUCUUCCGCGCCUCCCCGACAACCAGCAGCUGGCUCGAGCCUUCGAGUUCUUCGUGUCGCAUCAGCCGCUGGAAACUGUCUGGCUCUUCCUUUACCGUGAUCUUGCCGAGAAGUGGAGGGCGUGUCAACCUCUUGCGAAAUACAGUCAGCAGUGGGUGGUUACCCCGACCGGGGAAGAUGUGGAUGUAUUCUUGAUCAAUUUCGUGGAGAAGAGAGAGCGGGAGGGCGAUGCGGCCGUCAUCGUCUCGAACGACUUGUUUCGAAAUCAUGUGAGGUCUUCUCGCAUCACGGAUACCUGGGUGCGCCAGCAUACCCUCAAGUUUACCUUCACCCAGUCGGGCGACUUCCUGUGUCCGUUGUACACGCCUGCGGCAAACAGGGAACCAACGCUGCCAAGUACACAGACAACCGCUUCUUCAUGCCACGUCGUGCGGCCAAGCUUUGGGUGCACAUCGCGCAGCCGACGGGGUCGGGUGCAAAAUGCAUUUGUCACGCAGCUGCGCAAGUCAGGAUUUCUGUUUGGUUCUAGGACCGGCAGCAUGUGA